AUGUUUAAUUUCUUUCUUUCCUUCCUUCCUUCCUUCCUUCCUUCCUUCCUUCUUUCUUUCUUUCUUUCUUUCUUUCUUUCUUUCUUUCUUUUGCAUGUUUUCUUUUCCCCUCCUUUUUCUUCUUUCUUUCUUUCUUUAUAUAUUUCUUUCUUUCUUUCUUUCUCUUUGUUUCAAGUUUCUUCCUUUUCUUUUCUAUUUCAUUAUUUUUUCCUUUCCUUCUGUAGUAAGUUGCUUAUUCGUUCUUUCUUUAUUUCUUUCUUUCUUUCUUUCUCUUUGUUUCAAGUUUCUUCCUUUUCUUUUCUAUUUCAUUAUUUUUUCCUUUCCUUCUGUAGUAAGUUGCUUAUUCGUUCUUUCUUUCUUUCUUUCUUUCUUUUUUUUCUCUUUGUUUCAAGUUUCUUUUUUUUCUUUUCUAUUUCAUUAUUUUUUUCCCUUCCUUCUUCUGUAGUAAGUUGCUUAUUCGUUCUUUCUUUAUUUUUUCUUUCUUUCUUUUCUUUUUUUCAAACCUUUCUUUUCUAUUUCAUUUUUUUUUUCUUUCCUUUCAAGUUUCUUAUUCGUUUCUUUCUUUCUUUCUUUUCUUUCUUUCUUUCUUAUUUCUUUUAUUUUUUCUUUCUUUUUUUUAAAUGCCUUAAGUUGCUUAUUUCUUUUUUCUUUCUUUCUUUUCUUUCUUUUCUUUCUUUUUUCUUUCUUUUUACAUGUUUUUUUUUUCUUUUUUUCUUCUACUUUUUUUGCUUCUUUCUUUCCCUGCUUUCUUCCUUUCUUUUUCUUUCUUCCAUGUAUCUUUCUUCUUCUAUUUCAUUCUUUCUCUUUUCCUUCUGUAGUAUGUUGCUUAUGCGUCUGUUUGUUUUUCUUUCUUUCUUUCUUUCCUUUUUUUCUUUCUUUCUUUCAUUCUUUCUUUCACCUCAGGUCUUUUACCUUUCUCCUUCUUGUUGCCAAUCUAGUAGUGAAAUGUGA